UGCGACGAGGCGGAGAACAAGGUCUGGGAGGUCGACGGUGCACUUGAGGGCGAGGCGAGGCCCUGGGGCGGCGGGGGCAACAGGAGAGGCAGAGAUGAGAGGAGGCAUCUGCGGUGGCGCGGCGGGGGCAGCAGGAGAGAAGGCAGAGAUGAGAGGAGGUGGCUGUGGUGGCGCGGCGGCGGCAGCAGGAGAGGAGGCGGCGGCGGGGUCGUGGGGGAGUGAAAGGAAUCGAGGAGGAGUUGAGAUAUUUUCAUCUCCGUGAGUAAUCCGAUCGCACCGAAACGAGGCGAAACUCACCUUGUUCUUUCGAUGGAACAGGUAACCAGGUCCACCCGCCAUCGACUGUUGAAGCAACCACGAACGUAAAGAAAAACCGACGGCUGACCAGACGCCAGCAGCCAAAAAAUACACUGUCGCUACACCAGUAACUGGAUCGUGCGGUCAAAAACAUCAGGCGCGCUCGAUGCCUCUGGUUAUGCGGGUUGUCUAGCUAGGUUUAUAUGUUCAAUUUUGUUGAAGGAAACACGGGGUGUGGUGGUCGACAACCUGCAUGUCACCAAUCCGACGGCUCUGUUGGAUGAUAUCAGCUCCAACGAGGGGAUUUCAAUGCAGGCAGAGUUCAAGCUGAGCAUAAACGCCUACUUGGCAGACUUUGUCUGCUCCCCGGCCCAUUCGCUAGCAGACAUCAUAGUUUUCAACAACCAGCAUCCUGAGCAGGAGCGGAUGAAAGAUUUUGGGCAGGACGGCCUUAUCGCAGCCCAAAAUACAAAGGACAUUGACCCCGUGGAAAGAGAGGCAAUACAACGGCUAAAGGAACUAUCAGCUAAUGGGCUGGAGAAGCUGAUGAAGGAGCACCAACUAAAUGCGACAGGAGGAUCUAGACAACCUUGGGAGGUUACCUGCUCUGGGUGUUCUCGAGUUAAGCUGCUCCUACGCACGAAAACGCAUGCUGCACAUUGGAUCGCGCAGGGCAGCGAUGGGGUGGAACGGGCAUAUUUCUUUUCUCUUGAACCUGUUUAUUCAGCAUGUCAGUUCGUGUUUGGGUUGUCUGCUUAG